GAAAGUUGCAGGAAAAAUUCAAGUCGGGGCUUGUCGGAAAUAGCCGAGCGUGCCCGAUGUUUCGACGCCACGGGACGUCGAGACGCUCCGUUUUAGUUGUUUGGUGGUAUCGAGGGACUCAGGUUGGCAAUUUUUAGCAUAGUUGUUGACACGUGGAUACGACAAUGUAUUCCUUUUUUUCUGGACACCAUGUAAAUGAGAGACGAUCGAGCCAUGCAUGAGUGACGCUUCGACCAUAGAAAUUUGCUUAAAAUAAGGGAUAUGGGGGCCAAUCAAUCAGGACGCAUGGAAAAGACUUUUUAUGGCGAAGAAGUGAAUUUCGACCACUUCCAAAUUUUACGGGCCAUAGGAAAAGGGAGCUUCGGUAAGGUGUGCAUUGUUCAGAAAAAGGAUUCGAAACAGAUGUUCGCCAUGAAAUACAUGAACAAACACCAAUGCAUGGAACGCGACGCCCUUAAAAAUGUGCUCAGAGAGGUGGAAAUCCUGACGAGAUUAGAACAUCCCUUUCUCGUCAAUAUUUGGUUUUCAUUUCAAGACGAAGAAGAUCUUUUCAUGGUGACGGAUCUCCUGCUGGGAGGCGACCUGCGCUAUCACAUCCAGCAAGAAGUGAACUUUUCAGAGGACGCCGUCAAGCUGAUGGUGUGCGAGCUGGCGCUGGCUCUCGACUAUCUUCAGUCCAAGCACAUAGUGCACAGGGACAUAAAGCCGGAUAACAUAUUGCUGGACGAAGAAGGGCACUUCCACAUCACCGACUUCAACAUAGCCACAGUCCUCGAGGACUCACACUUGGCGACCUCUAUGUCAGGAACUAAGCCCUACAUAGCCCCCGAAAUCUUCGACUGCGCCAUGGACCUGUGCGUCGGCUAUUCUUAUCCCGUCGACUGGUGGUCUUUAGGCGUGGUGGCUUACGAGAUGCUGAAAGGAGUCCGCCCGUUCGACAUCCAUUCCAACACCAGCAUCCAAGAAGUCAGGAUCUUAUUUCAAAUUGGAUUAGAUUACCCACAGAAUUGGAGCGAAGGGAUAAUUGAUUUAAUUUCUAGGUUGCUUUGUAUUAGUCCGGGCUUGAGGGUUUCAAACAUACAAGAACUCAAACAAGUCAAGUGCCUCAAGAAGUUCGACAUGGAUCGGGUGUUCCAGAGACAGUACAAGCCGUACUUUAUGCCUCCCAAAGAUCAUUUGAAUUGCGAUCCGACUUUCGAGCUCGAAGAGAUGAUUAUCGAAACGAAGCCGCUGCACAAGAAGAAGAAGAGGUUGGCGAAGCAGAGGUCGAUCAGGGAGAUCCAGGGACCGAUGAGCAUUGAAUUGGACGCGGAUUCCCCGAUGGAGCAUCCCGGGAGCAUAAUUCCCGACUUUAAAGUAUACAACAGGUAUCAAGAGCUGGAGCGCAGGGAGCGCGAACGGAAGGAGCAAGCCUGGGAGAAAGAGCUGGAAUUGGCGAUGAGGUCGUCUGAUCCUUUAAAAGAAGAAACCGAACCUCGCGAAAAGAUCCACAAGUGUACCGGUUGUCCCAAACUUGAAGCAACAAUCAUCAAUCCCAAGUGUCAAACAAACACUGACGGUAGUAAUAAUAAAAGUCAAUUACCGCUACCAGAAACGGAAGGGUCGUCCGUUAACGACAUCCACAACAAGCUCCAAAACAUAGACUUCAUUGACAGAACUCCUUCACCGGUAGACCGAACCGAUGGCACCUGAGCAUUUUUUUAUCAAAGUCGCGAUGUACCAAAAUAUAUUUUUUUUAAUAAAAAAACUAACUGGAAAAAAA